GAUACAAUAUCCCCAUAUUAUAGCCUAAUUGGUCGUGUUUAAUGAACCUAUCAGCACAACAACCUAACACAAGACACGACCUGACCCAACCCGACCCUUCAAAUCAACCAACUAGUUCGAUCAACCCACCUAAAGAGAGAAACAAAUCCAACCCAAAUCUUACAACCCAUCACACAUCCACAUUCUACACCAACACACCCUAAACAAAAAGUUUAAUUAAUUGAAAAGUAGGGGACCUCUCUCAUGAUAAACGCCACCACCUUGAUCAAAGAAAGCCUUUUUAUGACAUUUAAAAUACUGUUUAUUACCCGGGAAAAAGCGUUAACACCCCAUUUCUUUAUUCUUGUUUCUCUUCUGGAAAGUUGAUUGUUGCUCGUGAAAAAUUAGCUAAGCACUUUCAAUCUUUCUUCUUUUCUCUACUUUCAUUUACACCAACUUUUUCUUCAUUUUCUUUCUCCUUUUUCCUCUGUUUUUUCCUGUUUUAGGCCUUGAAAAUUGACUCCAAGAACAUUAAAAAUGGUGAAGGAAACUGAGUACUAUGAUAUCCUUGGUAUCAGCCCUUCUGCGACCGAUGAAGAGAUUCGUAAAGCUUAUUAUCUUAAGGCAAGGAAAGUUCACCCGGAUAAAAAUCCUAAUGAUCCUCAAGCUGCUGAAAGGUUUCAGAUUUUAGGAGAAGCAUAUCAAGCUCUAAGUGAUCCGGUGCAACGAGAUGUAUAUGAUCGAAAUGGGAAGCAUAGUGUAUCUAAAGAUUCGAUGCUUGAUCCAACAGCGGUAUUUGCCCUGUUAUUUGGAAGUGAACUUUUCGAGGACUACAUAGGACACCUAGCUGUUGCGUCGAUGGCUUCAUCUGAAUUUAUCAGUGAACAUGACAGUCCCGAAAGGAUUAAUGAAAAGUUGAAGGCAGUACAGAAAGAAAGGGAAGAAAAGCUGGCAGUGAAACUGAAGGAUUUUAUUAGCCUAUAUGCUCGAGGUGAUAAGAAAGGAUUCAUACAGCGAGCUGAAAGUGAGGUCAAGCGCCUUUCAAAUGCAGCUUUUGGCUCCGAAAUCUUAAACACCAUAGGCUAUGUUUACACAAGACAAGCUGCAUUGGAACUUGGGAAGAAGACCAUGUACCUUGGAGUGCCCUUUAUGGCGGAGUGGGUACGAAAUAAAGGGCACAUUUGGAAAUCUCAGAUAACUGCAGCUAAAGGUGCAUUUCAGUUGCUUCAACUGCAAGAAGAUGUACGCCGCCAAUAUAAGAUGGAUGGUAGUGGCCCAGCUAAUGACUUUGAAUCUCACAUACGAUUAAACAAGGAUGUUCUCAUGAGCUCCUUGUGGAAAAUGAAUGUUGUUGACAUCGAAAUGACUCUCUUACAUGUUUGCCAAAUGGUACUACAGGAAAAGAACAUCAGGAAAGAAGAGUUGAAAGUUCGUGCUUUAGCUCUGAAGAUCCUUGGGAAGAUAUUCCAGAGGGAAAAGCUUACACAGGAAUCUGAAACAUCAAAGAAGAAAACAGUAGCUGAGAUAAAUGAAGAUGACAGUGAUUCUGAUUGCAGUUCUGAAGAGGAUUCACACCGGAUGCUAAGUUAUCGUACUCCUAUGCUCAGUCAGGGAAUUGGAAGGCUGUUCAGAUGUCUCUGUAAUCCUGCUUUUGAUGUGGAUGAUGAUGAGAUUGUCUACAAGGGAAAAUGAGCCUACAUACACCAGCACAAAGUAUUGCAUUAUUCAAAAUGAUCGCCAAUGUACCAAAAGAAGUUGCUUGCACAUAGUUGUUCGUUAACUCAUCGUGUUCUGACUUGUGAGAAGAACAUUCAACCUGUUUUUAUUAGCCUAAUGGCAUGUUCAAAAGAGAAUCUGGUUGACUGAAGGCUAUAUAGACAUGGAGAUAAGUUAACAUUUUGAAAGUUUUCACUCAAAUUUUUUUUUUCCAAGAAGUCUUAAUCUUCAUAUGCUGCCACCAAAUUUGUUAAUUAACUGUCAAAAAUACUUUGAUCAAUAUGAAGUUAAAAAUUCAGUUUCUACAGAA